CAGGGUCGAAAGCGAGAAGCGCGCAGAAGCUCCCAGCGUCUGCGCCCAGCCCAGCGCGAGAAAAGGCGCUAAGUGAGAAAUUACUUAGGCAUGAAAAGAAAUGAAGUACCAAUACCCCCUACACUGUGGGUGAAGCUUGAAAACAUGCUCAGUGGAAGAAGCCAGACACAAAAGGCCACAUAAUGUAAACUAUAGUGACACUGAAACCGAAGGAGAGAUUUUUAAUUCCUUAGUGCAAUAUUUUGGUGAUAAUUUGGGGCAGAAAGUUAAAGCUAUGCCAUUAGUUGAAGAAACUUCUUUACUGGAAGAUUCAUCAGUGACUUUGCCUGUGGUAGUAAUAGGAAAUGGACCCUCAGGAAUCUGCCUUUCUUAUAUGUUAUCAGGCUACAGACCAUAUUUAUCAUCAGAAGCAAUACAUCCAAAUACAAUCUUACAUAGUAAAUUAGAAGAAGCAAGACAUCUUUCCAUUGUUGAUCAGGACUUAGAAUACUUGUCUGAGGGCCUUGAGGGCCGAUCAUCCAAUCCAGUUGCAGUACUUUUUGACACACUUCUUCAUCCAGAUGCUGACUUUGGUUAUGAUUAUCCAUCCGUUUUGCAUUGGAAAUUAGAACAACAUCAUUACAUCCCUCACUUAGUUCUUGGUAAAGGUCCACCUGGUGGAGCUUGGCAUAAUAUGGAAGGUUCCAUGUUGACAAUCAGCUUUGGAAAUUGGAUGGAGCUACCUGGACUUAAAUUUAAAGAUUGGGUAUCUAGCAAACGAAGGAACCUAAAAGGAGACAGAGUUAUGCCAGAGGAAAUAGCUCGCUACUAUAAACAUUAUGUAAAAGUCAUGGGUCUUCAGAAGAAUUUCAGAGAGAAUACUUACAUCACCUCUGUAUCAAGACUCUACAGAGAUCAAGAUGAUGAUGGACAAGACAGAAAUAUUUCAACCCAGCAUUUACAGAUAGAGAAGUCUAAAUUUAUCAAGAGAAAUUGGGAAAUCAGGGGUUAUCAGCGAAUAGCGGAUGGUUCCCAUGUUCCCUUCUGUCUCUUUGCUGAAAAUGUAGCUCUGGCAACUGGAACAUUGGAUUCUCCUGCCCAUCUGGAAAUUGAAGGGGAAGAUUUUCCUUUUGUGUUUCAUUCAAUGCCUGAAUUUGGAGCUGCUAUAACCAAAGGAAAGUUGCGUGGCAAAGUGGAUCCAGUGUUAAUUGUAGGUUCUGGGCUUACUGCAGCUGAUGCAGUACUGUGUGCGUACAACAAUAAUAUUCCUGUGAUUCAUGUGUUUCGCAGACGAGUAACUGAUCCAAGCUUAAUUUUCAAACAGCUUCCCAAAAAGCUUUAUCCAGAAUACCAUAAAGUCUAUCAUAUGAUGUGUACUCAGUCAUAUUCUGUAGAGUCCAAUCUUUUAUCUGAUUAUACCAGUUUUCCUGAGCACCAUGUGCUUUCCUUUAAGGCGGACAUGAAAUGCAUUCUUCAAAGCCUCUCUGGAUUGAAAAAAAUAUUUAAGCUCUCUGCAGCAGUAGUACUCAUAGGUUCUCAUCCCAAUCUGUCUUUUCUGAAGGAACAAGGCUGUUACUUGGGCCAUAACUCAAGCCAGCCAAUCACAUGUAAGAGUAAUCCUGUGGAAAUAGAUGCAUAUACCUACGAAUGUGUUAAAGAAGCCAACCUUUUUGCAUUGGGUCCUUUGGUUGGAGACAAUUUUGUUCGAUUUUUAAAGGGAGGGGCAUUGGGUGUGACACGCUGUUUAGCUACAAGACAGAAAAAAAAACAUUUAUUUGUUGAAAGAGGAGGAGAUGGGAUAGCUUAAAGCGAGUUUAUAAGUAAUUAAUAUGGGCAGUUAACCAUUAAAGAUUUUUCAUAGUGGUUUUGCAGUGUACUGGCUUGAAUUUUCUGGACUUGAAUUAACUGUGGAAGAGAGCCUCAAGCUAUAGUAACUAUUUAAAGUUACAAGAACUUGGUGUUCUGAUUUAUAUUGUAUCAGAGGUGUCACUGUCAGACAAAUAGAAACACUGCCAAUUUGGUAUACUUUAAGCUUUCACUUAACUAAAACAUUCUUUUCUGCCAAGACUUACUUUUUGUGAUCAUUUGUGGCUACGUUUGAUUCCAAAAUCUUACAGCCUUGAAUAAUCUAUAAAACCAUAUGGUAUAUUAGGCCAGAAACCAUCUUCGUUAUACUUUAGGUCACCUUGCUGCUCAAGGGUGGUCUAAAGACCAGCAUUAGCUUCAUAUGUAGCUUGUUAGAAAUGUGGAUCCUCAGGUCCCACAACAGAAUUAGUGAAUCAAACUGCAUCUAAUGAGAUCCUCAAGGAAUAUGUAUGCUUACUAAAGUUUGAGGCACACUGGUCUAAAAGAAAAUGUGAUAUAAGUUAUGUAUGCUGGGGGUGGGCAUGGUAGGAGGCAUUUACAACUCAGGUUUAAUUUAUUUUCAAUUAUCAAUUUCUAUAAAUCUAAUUUAUUACCAAAUGUGGUAUUUUAAAAAAAUAUUUUUAUUGUUGAAACCUUGAUAAGUACUUCAUAUUCUUAGCUUCUAAUAAAGUCCAAUAAUGUUGGCAUACACUUAGACAUUCAGGAACCUGCCAAGAUAUUUUUGGAGAUUUAUUCUCUAACUCACAUAACCACCUAAUUUGCAAUUCAAUAAAUUGUGAAUUAAACUAUCCCCGUGUGAA